AUGAUAUUGUUUUUCGUUGAUUGCAUCUUUCGUUUACUAAUUCCUCCCAGCCUUUCAGAUCAACUAUGCAGAAGCUCCUCUCCCUCUCCAUCUAUCACAUUCAUCAUAUUUCAAGGGCGCGGUUUUUCUGUCAUUUUUCUGAGAAAAGUUUUUGUUCAUCUCUGUCAUCACCAUCGUUAUUUUCUGUAUAUUUGUUUCGUUUGUUUCCCAUAUCAUUGCAUCACACUAUGGGAGAGAGAGACUUUGACUGUUGAUCUAGGGCUGGAGGAAGAACAUGCACGAAGCAAAAACUGUUUCACCGAGACUUUGCUAAACGGGAGCGAUUUAUGCCACUCGUUGUGA